AUGUCUACAAGCUCGACAACUCCCGCGGAAGGAUUUUUCAACGACCUUUCGCGACAGACGAGCAAUGGAGUACGCAAUCAACUAGCGCGAAGCCCAACAUCCGAGAGCAAUACAGCGGCAGAUCACACAAGUGGAGGGGACUCGAAUAUGCCAAAGCUCAAGAGGAUAGCUUGCAUCAUCUGCAGGAAGAGGAAGUUGAAGUGCGACGGGACGAAACCAAGUUGCUCGACCUGCACGCGGCUAGGACAUAGUUGCGCUUAUGAUGAAGUGCGUAGGAAGUCCGGUCCGAAGCGGGGGUAUGUGAAGGCUUUAGAGGAGAGACUUAAGCAGGUAGAGACGUUAUUGAAGGCAAAAGAUCCAGUCCCUCCAAGGCCAGAGGCGCCAAUAAGCUUUACCAACGGACCAGGGAAUAUCAGUGGUGUUGGUCUCCAUACCGUUCCUGCUGGCGACUUCAACAUCUCAAGUUCGUCAAUAAAUAUUGGGAAUGGGAAUGGGGUAGAACCAGAUCGGUGGGGACUUAGCGGACAAUCGUCUCAACCAGCCAUUGACAUGCCAUUCACAGCGGAUAUGAAUAUUGGCAUGGGUCUUGACGAUAAUAAUUUCACAUGGGAAAUGAUUGGUCUUGGUUUGGAAGAGCCUCUGCCGCCCCAGGAUUCCAUUGACGAAUUUGCGCCUAGUCAACGUCCGCCUGUCGCACUCCGUUAUGCCAUGUGGACUCUUGCUGCAAGUGUGACCGACAAGUUCAUGGAUCUGAAGGGCCAUUUCUACCACCGCGCUCGGAAGUACAUGGAGGCCGAUGCUCUGAAGGGUCAUGGCGAGCACAUAAUUUCUAUUGCGCAUGCUCAAACACAUGCGCUUCUGGCCUCUUACGAGUUCAAGAUGAUGUCUUUUCCCCGCGCAUGGAUGAGCACGGGAUCUGCUAUCAGGAUGUGUCAAAUGAUGGGCUUACAUAGACUUGAUGGCGCUGGCUUGGAUGUCAAGCAGUGCUUGCCUGCACCGCGGGACUGGACUGAAAGAGAGGAAAGACGCAGAACUUUCUGGUACGCUUUCUGCGAAGACCGAUAUGCUAGCAUUGGAACAGGCUGGCCCAUGUUGAUCGACGAGAAAGACAUUCUAACGGACCUGCCGUCUUCUGAUGAGGCAUUCGAUAUGAGCAAACCAGAACAUACCUCGUCCCUAAGCGAGUCGAUGUCCCCUUCAGGCGCUUCCAAGCUUUCAUCCUUUGGAGGUGUAGUUUUGAUGGCAUGUCUGUUCGGUCGCAACUUGAUUCAUCUUCACCGUCCAGAUUCUGACGGCAGAGAUGGAGACCUGAAUGGCGAGUUUUGGAAGCGACACAGGAAUAUGGACAACAUCCUUCUCAAUACAUCGCUAUCUAUGCCAUCUCACUUGAAGCUUCCGAAUGGGAUUUCCGAUCCCAACAUUGUGUUUACCAACAUGAACAUCCAUACCUCUACCAUCUGUCUACACCAAGCUGCAAUUUACAAAGCAGACAAAAAUCACUUAUCGUCGUCUAUCAGUGCAGAAAGUAAGCUGCGAUGUAUCACAGCUGCUCAUGAAAUUACUCACGUCAUGCGAAUGGUCUCUCACAUGGACCUAUCUUCUAUGAACCCUUUCAUAUGUUUCUGUCUCUACGUGGCGGCACGAGUCUUCGCCCAAUACUUGAAGAGCCGGCCGGACGAUAGCAAGACAGGAGAUUCUCUACGAUUCCUCCUUAUUGCCAUGAAUGCCCUAAAAAAGAAGAAUCCUUUGACGGAGUCAUUCUUGGUGCAGCUGGAUGUUGACCUGGAAGGUCUUGGUAUGCGAAACCCGAAGUUCAAAUCUUUAUUCGCGUACAGCGAAGACCACCUCGGAAUAUCGAGUGCAGAGAUGCCCAAGAUAGGCCAAGGUCCCAACGGUCUCCCGAAUACCUUUCGCAAGCCAGGAGGAGAGUGUAAUUUCAUGCGAAUUCCCGAAGGUGCUGGAAAUCCCAUGGACGAUGUCAGCUCUACCAAGGAUCCGAACGACUUCCGGCGGGGAUCAGAGCCGAAUUCAGCUGGUCCGUCCAAUUCCAACGCCAACCAUUUUGGAGACCAGACGAACUGGAUGCCACUCCCGGAUCACCCGCCGACGGACACAGGCAAUGCAGUCCAACAAACACUUCAGGGUCUUGCGACAGGCGAGAUUCAUCGCUCCACAGCCUACGGGCCUGGUCUGAGCAAUAACCGCUUCGGAAACAGUGAAAGCAGCAACGGAGUAGAUACGGGACUUUCGCCUGGUACCGCAAUCUCAUCCUCCAACCGCCCAACGCCCAUUGCUUCUACACCAUCCGACUCACUCUCCAACCUACAGCCUGGGCAGUCCGACUCGACGUCCUACGAGACGAGUGCAGCAGCGACACAUCUUUCCAAGCACUUACCAGGAAGUGAUACGAGGACCAUGCAGGGGUUCUCUCCGAACCAGCAGGUUUACAAUGGGAUUGCGGCGACGGGGAUGACGCCGGAUGGUACAUUCGGAAUGACGGCGACGCCGAGGAGGGGCUUCGAUCUACAGAGUAGCUGGGAGAUGAGCAGUCAGCCUAUAACGGGACUCACUCCCGUUGGCGAAGGGGUGUUUAGGCAGUUGUUGGGGCUGGGACCUAUGGAUGCUAUGGACCUUGGAUGGGAAGGCGGAUCAUGA